AUGGCCACGACCGUCAUCCUGGGCAGCGGCGUCAUUGGCCUCUCGACAGCCUACUACCUGGCUCGGCAGCAGCCGGGCUCGUCGAUUCACCUGGUUGAUUCCUCGCCCGAGCUCUUCGCCUCGGCCUCGGGCUACGCCGGCGGCUUCCUCGCCCGCGAUUGGUUCCACGGCUCCGUCUCGGAGCUCGGCGCCCUGAGCUUCGACGCCCACCGCGCGCUGGCCGACGCCGAGGGCGGCCGCGACAGAUGGGGCUACAGCCGGAGCGUCACCCUCAGCUACGAGCCCAGCGGCCGCCGCGACGACGCCAGGCGUGGCGAGGAUUGGCUGCUCGAGGGGACCAGCAGGGUCGGCGUCGUCGGGGACAGGGCGGAGAGGAGGGAGGGCGAGGCGCCGGCGUGGCUGAGGAGGGCUGAUGGGGAUGUCGUGAACGUCGUCGAUGACGGCGAGGGGACGGCCAUUGUCGACCCGCUCAAGUUCUGCCACUUCUUGCUGGGCGAGUGCAAGGCCGCCGGAGUCCACGUCCACCACCCAGCCACGGCCCUCUCCGUCCAGACAGACGUCAGAGGCGAGCUGGCCUGCGUCUGCAUCGGCUACACAGACUCGUCCACCGAGACCGAGAUCCCCGCCACCCGCCUCCUGCUAUGUGCCGGCGCCUGGACACCCCAGGUCCUGACAUCGCUCUUCUCCAGCGCGGCCGCCAGCGACAUCCCCGUCGCCAGCCUCGGCGGACACUCGCUCGUCGUCAAGACACCCGGCGGCAGCCGUGCGGGCGACGUGUGCCACUCAGUCUACUGCAGCCUCGACUCGCUGUCCCCCGAGAUGUACUCGAGGGCAGAGGGCGUCAUUUACCUCGCCGGCGUCAACUCGGCCGCCAUUCCCCUGCCUCCGCUAGCCACCGGCGCGGCGCCCGUCCACGAGUCUGUCGAGGAGCUCAAGAGCAUUGCCCGCCGGCUCAUCAAGUUGGAUGGCGAGCUCGAGGUCGUCCGCACGGGGCUGUGCUUCCGGCCCAUCACCGACAGGGGCACGCCGUUCCUCACGAGGCUGACGGACGAGCAGCUCGGAGGGGGAACGCGGACUAGGCCUGGCGCGGACGGCGGCGUCUUUGUGGCGGCGGGACAUGGGCCGUGGGGCAUUGCGCUGAGCUUGGGGACGGGCAUGGUUAUGGCGGAGCUGAUGGGCGGCAAGAAGACGAGCGCAGACAUCAGCGGGCUCGGGCUGUGA